AUGGGCUGCCAGAGUUUUCUACUAGAAAGGCAGAGGGACUCAGGGGGAGCUGCUCACAUCCCCUGCCCCGAAGCCCAAUGGGAGAACACAGAAGCCUUCAAGGCAGCAGUGCUGAUUCAGAGAUGGUACCGCCGCUACAUUGCCCGCCUGGAAAUGAGGAGACGAUGUACGUGGAGCAUCUUCCAAUCCAUAGAAUAUGCAGGACAACAAGAUCAGGUCAAGCUUCACGAUUUCUUCAGCUACCUUGUAGAUCACUUCACACCAAGUAGCCACAGUGAAAGAAACUUACUUAGCUGCAUGUUCACAGAGAAGAGACACCUUAAAGACUCCGAGAUGGAAAAAUACUGUGACUAUGAAUCCAUAGAGGUGCCCGACUAUUACACGGGACCCCACGUCUCCUUUCCUCUCCUGCCUGACCAUGCAACUGCCUUAGUGGAAGCUUUCAAACAAAAAAAACAGCUACAUGCUCGGUAUGUCUUAAAUAUUCUGCAUGAGGCCAGAAAGCAUCUCAUACAACUGCCAAAUAUCAACCGCAUCUCCACCUGCUACAGUGAGGAGAUCACAGUGUGUGGAGACUUACACGGCCAGCUGGACGACUUAAUAUUUAUAUUUUACAAGAAUGGCCUUCCAUCCCCUGAGAGAGCCUAUGUGUUCAACGGUGACUUUGUGGAUAGAGGCAAAGACUCAAUUGAGAUUUUGAUGAUUCUCUUUGCCUUCAUGUUGGUUUAUCCAAAGGAGUUCCACCUAAAUCGAGGAAAUCAUGAGGAUCAUAUAGUCAAUUUACGAUAUGGCUUUACCAAGGAAGUGAUGCACAAAUAUCAGGUAAAUGGCAAGAAAAUACUGAAGCUGCUGCAAGAGGUUUUUUGCUGGCUUCCAUUGGCCACCCUUAUUGACGAGAAAGUCCUGAUAAUUCAUGGUGGGAUUUCAGACAAGACCAAUCUAGAACUUUUGGAAAAACUACAGAGGCACAAGAUUAUUUCCACCAUAAGUUAUACAAAGAAAACGGAGAAAGAGAAACGGACAGAGGAAAGCCGAAGUAGCUCUUCCUGGUUAUCCCUCAAAAGCCACUCUGUGCCCUCUUCACCCCUACGCUACAGCCGGCACAAGGGGAGCAGGUCCGCCAGUAUCCCCUGCAGCUUCACGCCUGAGCGCAAGGAGAUCUCCAAGAGGGUUCGGAAAUCUGUGCAGUUGGAGUUAGAGAGAUGCUGGCAGCAAGUGAGCUUCCCAGAAUUCAAGGACAAGGAGGAGCCCUCGCUCUGCCCAUCAAAAGCGGAACCAGACCCUUGCGAUCUCCAAGACGUGAGCCAUGAGGAGUGGAAGCAGGUGGUCGACAUCCUGUGGAGUGACCCCAUGGCCCAGGAGGGCUGCAAGGCCAACAGCGUCCGAGGAGGGGGCUGCUACUUCGGACCCAACGUGACGCAGCAGAUGCUCCAAAGGCACAGCCUCCUGUUUCUGAUCCGCUCCCACGAGUGUAAGCCGGAAGGUUACGAGUUCUGCCACAAUCGCAAGGUACUGACCAUCUUCUCUGCUUCCAACUAUUAUGAAGUGGGCAGCAACCGAGGUGCCUACGUUAAACUGGGGCCGGAUCUGAUACCGCACAUCGUACAAUAUCAGACCAACAAGGCCACCCACACGCUGACCAUGCAGCAAAGGAUUAGCAGAGUUGAGGAGUCAGCUCUGAGAGCACUUCGAGAGAAACUAUUUGCUCAUUCCUCUUCACUCCUUGCUGCAUUUAAGAGCUAUGAUCCUGAUGGAACUAAUUUUAUUACCUUGAGUGACUGGUCAACUGCUGUGGAGUCUGUGCUACACCUAGGCUUGCCUUGGCGAGUGCUGAGGCCACAGCUGGUGACUCACAUUACUGGUAACAUGUUAGAAUACAAAUCCUGGCUAAGUGACUUAGCUAAGAAGCAGCUGAGUCAUGAGAACAUUCAGUCCAGCCUGCUGGAAGUGCUUUACAGAAACCGAUCCAACCUGGAGACCAUAUUUCGGAUCAUAGACAGUGAUCAUUCAGGACUCAUCUCGUUUGAUGAAUUCAGGCAGAUAUGGAAGCUCUUCAGUUCUCACAUGAACAUUGACAUAACUGAUGAAAGCAUCUGUGACCUAGCUCGGAGCAUUGACUUCAAUAAAGAUGGAAACAUUGACAUCAACGAAUUCCUUGAGGCUUUCCGCCUAGUUGAACAGUCACACCUGGAGGACAAAGACUGAGCUGAAGAGCUCAGAGACUAGUGGCAGCAGUUGUAGUAGCCAGGAAAUCCACUGACCUUGGAAUCCACCAGUCAAAGUGCCUUAUAAGACUAGCCAGACUACUAGGACAUCUCUUCUGACCCACCUUGUACCUCCAGCUUCCCCAAUACCUGUGCCCUUCAUCACCAUAAAAAACAUAUAAAUUGCAGGGUCUGCUGGCAAAUUGAAAGAUCAAACACAUUAAGCGGGAAAUGGCACCAGAAAAAAGGUUUCGUCUAGGUUUCUUGUAACAUCGCCAGUUACUUCUCCUACUAGGAGGUCAGUUAUUGAUGUUUUUUCAUUUCCCCAAUUACACAUAAAAAGUUUCUAAUUUUUUAAAAAGAAUAUUGUGUCUCAAAUUCUCUCCCUCUUUCCCUUCUCACCCUCCUAACUCCCCCCUACCAUUGAGAUGGUUUGCAGCCUCAUAGAGAUUUUACAUAUACAACCAUGUAAAACAUUUUUCAUAUUAAUCCUUUUGUGGAGGGAAACUCAAAUAAAAAAAUGUAGAAAAUGAAAACAUUUGCUUUGGUCUGGUUCAGACUCUUGUCAGUUCUUUUUCUCUGGAAGCAGAUGCCAUUUUCCAGCAUGAGACCUUUGGGUUCGUUUUGGAUCACUGUCUUGCUGAGAAUAGGUAAACCAUUCACAGUUGUUCAUUGUACAUAAUAUUCCUGUCAUUGUGUUCUCUUGGUUUGACUCAUUCUACUCUGCUUCAGUUCAUGCAAGUCUUUCCAGGUUUUUCUAAACUUCUACUGCUUGUCAUUUCUUAAAGCACAAUUUUAUUUCAUUUCAAUCAUAUGCUAAAGCUUACUCAGCCAUUCCCCAAUUGAUGGGUAUCCCCUCACUUUCCAAUUCAUUGCCUCCACAAAAAAGAGCUACUUUAAAUAUUUUUGUACAUAUAGGUGCUUCUUUCUGUUUUGUUUUGUUUUUUUUUAUCUCUUUGGGAUACAAACCUAUUAAUAGUAUUGCUAGGUCAAAGGAUAUCUACAGUUUUAUAGGUAGAGGUCCAACGCUCUCUAGAAUUACUGAAUCAGUUCACAAGUUCCCAAAAAGCACAUUCCUGUCUCAAUUUCCUCAUACCCCCUCCAGGUUUUGUCAUUUCCUUUUCUGUCAUAAUAGCCAAUAUGAGAGGUAUGGAGUGGUACCUCAAAGUUAUUUUAAUUUGCAUUAUUCUAAUUAAUAGUGAUUUAGAGCAUUUUUUGCAUGACUAAAGAGUGCUUUAAUUACUUUGCCUGAGAACUGCCUGUCGUAUCCUUUGACCAUUUAUCAAUUGGGGAAAGGCUUGUACUCAUAUAUUCAACUAAUUUCUCUAUAUAUUUGAGAAAUGAGGCCUUUUAUUAGAGAGAUUUUGUUUAAAAAUUUUCAUACCAUUAUGAUUAUUACUCUCCAUCCUAUUUCUCCCUAUUUAGUUUUUGAUAUCCACUUCCUGCAGUUUCCCUCUUUUCUAUCAGCUCCAUCCCCUUUCUCUUAUCUCUUUCCCCUCCUACUUUCUUGUAGGGUAAGAAAGAUUUCUAAACCCAAUUGAUUGUACAUGUUUUUCUCUCAUUGAACCAAUUCCAAUAAGAGUAAGAUUCACCUGCUCCCCUCUCCCCCUCUCCCAUUUUCCCCUCCACUGUAAAACCUCUUUCAUGCCUCUUUUGUGUGAAUUUGUCCUAUUUUUCCUUUCCUGUCUCCCAAUGCAUUUGUCUUUCUCAUGCCUUAAUUUUAUUUUUUAUAUCAUUCCAUCAUAUUCAAUUCAUGCCCUUGCCCUGUGUCUAUGUAUACUCCUUCUAACUACUCUAAUAAUAAAAAAGUUCUUUGGAGUUAUAAGAAUCAUCUCCCCAUUUAUAGAUGUGCACUGUUUAACCUUACUGAAUGUCUUUUGAUUUUUCUUUCUUGUUUACCUUUUUAUGCUCCUAUUAAAUCUUCUAUUUGAGUCAGAUUUUCCAUUCAGCUCCGGUAUUUUCAUCAGGAAUAUUUGAAAGUCCUCUAUUUCAUUGAGUACCCAUUUUUCACCCUGAAAAACUAUACUCAGUUUUGCUGGGUAAAUGAUUCUUGGUUGAAGUCCAAGAUCCUUUGCCCUCUGGAAUAUCAUAUUUCAGGUCCUCCAGUCUUUUAAUGCAGAAGCUGCUAAAUCUUGUGUUAUCCUGACUGUGGCUCCAUGAUAUUUGAAUUAUUUCUUUUUGCAAUAUUUUCUUCUUGACCUGGGAGUUCUGGAAUUUGGCUAUAAUAUUCCUGGGAGUUAUCCUUUUGGGAUCUCUUUCAGGAGGUGAUUUGUUGAUCUUUCAAUUUCUAUUUUGUCUUCUGGUUCUAGAACAGCACUAACAAAGUACUAGCACAUGUGCACAGUCAGCACUCUGGGAACUGCUCUGUUCCCCUCUCUUCCCAGGAUCAUGUCUUUAAAAAAAAAAAAGAUAAAAGAGAAGUUUUUGUGCCCUGAUGGGGAACUUGUGCUUUUGUUAUGGAGAGGGGGAAAGAGAGGAGAACCCCCUUCUCAAAGUGGGGUUCAGGGGAGACAGCAAAUGUUGGCUCAGAAAGAGGGGAAGGGGUUUGAAGAUUUUCCUCCUUCUGCCUUCCCUUCUUAGCUAAAGCUGCUCUCUCCAAUUCUCUCUUAUCCCUCUUGUCCCCUCUCUACUACUCAAGACCGAAAGGUCUCCCCUUGAUCCGUUCACUCACACUCAGCUUGGGGAACAGAUAACUUUUAAUGAUAACUCAAUCAGGUAAUACAAAAGAAAUAACCGGCAGGGAAGAAUGGGAAAAGUAAAGUGGGGAAAGGGAGACCCCGUCUCUAUCUAAACCCUUUUCCUCUCUCCUCAAGUUUGGGGGGAACUCAGGCCUUGGCAGCCUGAGCCCCCUGAGAGAAAGUCAGGUUGACUCACCCCUGGGCAACAGGAGCUGAGGUAAAGUCUGCCCAGGUUUCUCUUCAGAAAGUCCCUUCAAUUGAGAAGUGUUAGGGGGAAGGAUUUCCAGUCAGGAAAAGUGGGUAACCAUCAGGAGAAAGUCUUUUUCCCAGCACUUUUUCUCUAGUGCCAGCCUCUAUCACAAUCAGAAGACAUUUUUUGCAUGCCCUACCUCUCUAUCCAGUUGCCCAAAGUGAGCAUUUCCUUCCUCUACUCUUUGGGGUAAUACGGGGGCUAACAGGCAACUUAAAGUUGCAGUCUGGGCACACGAACUUGAAAUCCUCUGCCAAUGGUAUUCUAGAAUAUAAGGACAGUUUUCCUUGGUGAUUUUUUGAAAAAUAAUGCUUAAGUUCCUUUUUUAAAAAUCAUAGCUUUCGGGUAACCCAUAAUUCUUAAAUUAUGUCUCUUAGAUUUAUUUUUCAUGUCAGUUACUCUUCCAAUGAGAUAUUUCACAUUUUCUUCUAUAUUUUUUUCGAUUCUUUUGACUUUGAUUUUAUCUUGAUGUCUCAGAGCCAUUAUCUUUCCAUUUGCCCAAUACUGUUUUUAAGACAUCAUUUUCUUGAAUGAGCUUUUGUUCUUCCUUUUCCAUAUGGCUAAUUCUACUUUGUAAAGAGUUCUUUUCCUCACUAGAUUUGUAUACUUCUUUUUCAAAAUGGCCAAUUCUGCCUUUCAAGAAAUUCUUCUCUUCAGUGCAUUUUUGUAUGUCUUUUUCCCAUUUGGCCAAUUCUCCUUUUUAAAAGAGUUCUUCUCUGCAUUGGAUUUUUG